AUGGCCUCCCAAACUGCGGUUGUUCAUAGUCCAGUACUCUCAUCGGCCGAUCUCUCUCCUGAUGUAGACUGGCCACUCGCCAACUCCCCCGCAAUCCGCGCUCGCCCCUGCCUGCGAACUCAAUGCACUGGUGAAACCCGCUCGCUAGACCGCGAGCGCGCUCUGAACACCACAGCCGCCCUCGGGCUAAGCCCAACUCGUGCGAGGACAUAUUCUCCUAGCACUUCCCCCCUAUCCGCGGAAAUAUCAUGGGCGGACGCUGUCGCGGCCGGGAGGAGGAAAGACGGCGAGCGCCCAGCGGUGCUGUCGCCCUUGGGAUGCGGUUCCGCCUCCGCGCUACAUUCUCCGUGCAGCGGCGGAAGCCCCGCAUGGCGCCCUGCCGCGCUGGCGGCGGUGCGCAGCCCGCUCGCGCCCGUCGUCCGCCACAGGGCGACCGCGUCGGUUGACAUGGAGGAGCUAUGGGCGGAGGAAGCUUCCGACGAAACCGGCGGCGCAGCGCGCCGGCCACGGAGAAAUCGUAUGAUCAUCCGACGCGCGCGAAACAAGUCCUCCGACUUCUCCUCGCUCCGCAGCGCGCUGGGAGACGAGAAGCCGCCGGGGAGCGCCGACGCGGGCAGCGACCGUCGCGCCGCGACCGGGUGGGUCCCAGCGGCGCCGUCGUGGGAGGGAGAAGCUCCGGACUCAGCCGAGCCGCAGCUCCUCUCCGCUGAAGGGAGCGACGCUUCCGCGGCCGCGAGACCGUCGAUUAUCAGCCGACGCACCGCCGCGACGGCGAUCCGCAAGUUGCGCAUUUUCUCCAACCGAAGCAGCGGCCGGGAUUCUGAGCUCGCCGCCGCAUUCGCUGCCCCGGCGGCGUCCGCCGCAGCCGGAAACGAUGUGGCGCUCGAAGGACUCGAGGGCGUUUCCGCGCAGCCGAGUCGCACGCGCGACAAAGUGACGGCGGGUUCUGCGGCCGGCGCCGGCGGCAACGGCGGCGGGGCUAUUCCGAAGUCCCCUCCGCGGCGGCGGGGACCGGCGGGCGUCGCGGCGAGGCGGAGAAACUUCAGUGGAUCGUCGGCGGAGCCUGUGACGGUUGUUCCGUUUGUGCGACGAGAGCAGGCGGACAAGCAGCUGCAGGCGCAACAGCCGUCGCAGGAGUCAUCGCCGCCGUCGCACAUCAAGCGAAGUCUUAGCAGCAGCGGCGCUGAGGGGCGGCAAGAAGCGGCCGGGCCGCAGGAUAUUGCUGACGUGCUCCGUGCCCCGGCGCUGCCGGGGCGUUCGGGCGACUCGGAGGAGGCUGGCGAAACGAAACGCAGUGGCGAAACGGAUGGCGAAGAAUCUCGAGGGCAGCAGCGGGUCGCGUCGUACCACGAGGAGUUGGCUCUGGAUUUGAUGGAUUAUUUCGGCGACGUCGCGCAAUCCUGGAGCAUUGGGAGUUCAAACCGCGACUGCGACUCAGUAGUACAUCCACAUGAAGCCGAAGCUGCUGCUGCUCCGAUGCUGAAGGUAGUGCUGAACAACCAAUCACCAUCGCUUACUAAGGAUCAGCUGCUUACCUCCUUGAGGAGCGAGGAGAUGCGGAUUGGUGUCGCACCAAGAUCGGAUGGUGUAGCCACUUUUGGAGCGGGUACGAAAGUGGGCAGCAGCGGCAAGGGAAAUUGGGACAAGGGAGGAAAGCAUGGAGGCAGCGGUAGCAGCAGUGACACCAACUCGGGCAGAUGGGGUCAAGGAAAAGGCAAAGCGGGAGUGCUUGAUUUCCCCUGGGGGUCCAAGGGCAUGGCUCCUCGGGGGUUGUGUCAUGGCUGUUGGGAUGAGGGACAUGCAUGGCAGCGAUGUCCUCAUCGACCUAAGGGAGGCAUUUCGGCAUUCUUAAAGCGGGGGGGUCGUGGAUCCAACGGCAAGGCACAGGUGGCGGAUGAGGAGGAGCAGGAUGACAAGGCAGAGGCAGUGGUUGGAGAGGCAGUUGCAGCAGUAGGAGAGGAGCAGCCGCGAGAGGGGUGGUGGAUUGACAGUGGGGCCAGCCACAACUUUACUCCUUAUGCAUCGGACUUCAAAAGUAAGCUUCAGCCACCAGAGGUUCGGGGAGUUAUAUUGGGAGAUGGACGGAUGGUGAAAGCUGUUGGCAUGGGUGAGGUGCCAGUGGUUGGUGCUGGAGGUCAGCUGCUGAGGAUUCAAAAGGUCCACCUUGUGCCUGAGAUGCACACGCGUCUGCUGUCAGUCCCACACCUCACCUCUCGAGAUGUCAUUGUCACAUUCAAGGGCAAGAAAUGUGUUCUUAAACGGGGGGGGAGGGUGUUGGCGAUUGGAGAAAAGGAGAGGGGCAGGGACCAUGGAUUGGUGCGGAUGUCUCUUCCUCUUGCUCGGGGCACACAAGGCAGUGCUCUUGCAGCUGGGUCCUCCUCCUCAUUUUCCCCAUUGACCCUUGCUCAUCGCCGCCUUGGUCACACCGCCCCCACAACAUUGCAACAGAUGGCUCGGGGGAACAGUGUACUGGGCUUGGAGAUCGGGGGGGGGGAGCACUGA